UGUAAGCGCUGAAGCCGAGCUGUGAGGUUAGCACAGUUAGCAUGGCGGCUCGCCUCACUUCGCCUCAGCAUGGAUCCGCUGCGGCUGCAGCUUCUGCUCCCUGCGCUGCUUUUAACUCUCACAUGGGCGGAUAUUUCAGCACAGACCAGUUGUGUUAAGAAGUCGAACACUAGCUGUGCGGAAUGUGUGACCAAUAUCACAUGUUUAUGGUGCAGCAGGACUCAUCAGUGUUUGGAUUACCCGGUGAAGACUAUCCUCCCUCCACACAGUCUGUGUCCCCUUAAUGAUGCACGCUGGGGCAACUGCUGGGUGAACUUCCAAGCUCUGAUAAUUACAAUGAGUGUGAUUGGGGGUGUGAUCAUCAUCUCUGUGCUCAUCUGCUGCUUCUGUUGCUGCAAGUGUGAGAAUAUCAGAUCUAAGCGUACAGACGAGUGCAUGGAGAGAGAAGCUGAGAUAAGACGUGUCCGACAUGAGGAGAGGAAAGCGGAGAUGAGAUCAAGACACGAUGAGAUCAGGAGGAAAUAUGGUCUGGUGAAGGAGAACCCGUAUUCCAGGUUCGAGAACAACUAACACGCGCCUCUAUACAACUUGUAUGCUGAUCUGCUGCCGAAGCGGUGUGAACACUCUCAUGUGAUUUUAUUAUUAUUUAUUAUUGACACUACUGUGGUUUGUGUCUUGUCCUGUGAAGGUGCCACAUUUCUGCCCUGUUUGCACUUCUAUAUGAGAAAUUCUCACGUUUCAAUAUUUUAAAGAUGUUCUAUCACAAAGUGCCAACAAACCCAUGAGCCAUUUUGUAGACACUCUGAUCACUCCGCUCACCUCUGAACGCUGUGUUUCACUUUAAUAUUUUAGUUUUGCUGAAACUCUUUUGAUUUACUGUGUAUAUGAAUGAAUGUAUGCAUAUUGAUGAUAAAUAAACUAAAUUGUGUUCA